UCGGUAGCCGCCGCUCCUGCUGCUGCUGCUGCUGCCUGUCAACACCGCGGCUCGAGGACACGUCUGCGUCGGGAUUUUAUGACUACGUGUUUGUGUCUGACGGAGCAUUAGCGGUCCUCCAUCAUGCCCAUGUACCAGGUAAAGCCCGUCUGCGGGAGCCACAUGAAGACCGAUUUGCCAACCUGCAUGUAUAAGUUACCAAAUGUCCACGCGCAGCAAGGGGACAUCAGCACGGCCAAGCACGCGCUCCAGAAUGGCGAAGUGGACCCUGCAGUCAAAGCUCUGGAAGCCCGACAGGAUGAGAUCAUGAGAAAGCUGUAUGAUCUGAAAGCAGCGGUGGAGGGCCUGGCCAAGACGGUGACCACCCCAGAUGCCGAUCUGGACCUGACAGUCAGCAGCAGCCUCUCAUCCCAAAGCCCCACCUCCACAACCUUCAAAGGCGUCACAGACCUGGACACGCUUCUGGGCAAGGAUCUCGGUGCUCUCCGAGACAUCGUCAUAAACGCCAACCCGGCCCAUCCCCCUCUGACCCUGCUGGUGCUCCAUAGUGUGCUGUGUCAGCGUUACCGAGUGCUCUCCACCGUCCACGUCCACUCCUCAGCUGCUAGUGUGCCGCCACAGCUCCUGUCCUGCCUCGGCCCACGCCAUGCAGACAGCUAUGCUCGCCAGAUGUUCCAGCUGGGCUUCACACUCAUAUGGAAAGAUGUCCCCAAACUGCAGAUGAAGUUCAGUGUCCAGAACAUGUGUCCCGUCGAGGGUGAGGCCAACGUGGCGCGCUUCCUCUUCAAGCUCCUGUCUCCCUACACCAGUGACCCCGCCGUGGCCACACUGUUGGACAGCUGGGUGGACAUGGCUUUCUUCCAGCUGGCAGAGGGCAGUGCCAAGGAGCGGGCUGCUGUCCUGCGGGCCCUUAACGCGGCUCUGGGCCGCAACCCCUGGCUGGCCGGGCCGGAGUUCUCCCUGGCCGACAUUGCCUGCUAUUGCUGCGUGCUGCAAAGCGGUCCCGCCUCCUCUACUCCCACUAAUGUCCAGCGCUGGAUCAAGUCCUGUGACAACCUGGGCCACUUCGGCCCUGCCAAGCCAUUCCUGAAGUGACUGGGGGCUUUUGCAGAGACCAGAAGGGGGUCUUACCCGAGCAAAGUGAGAGAAGGGCAUUAGAAUAUUAAAAUAUCCCAGCCGUGUCUGGAAGCCCCUCUAAUGCUUCCCUCCUUACUGUAAUAUAUCACUGAACUGACACAGACUCAGAAGCAUUAUGGUUGACGAUCAGAGUGAUAUAUGUGUCUCUGCCAUGUUGCUUUUGUAAAACAAAGGGAUUUUAAGGGUAUUUUUUUAAGGUAGGAAGCAUGGGAGGAUUGUAAAGACAUGGACUUGGUGGUGGAUUAAAUCAAAGUGACUGACGGAAACACUCAGUACACUUUCCUCCCACUUUGUGCCUAACAUGAUCCUGUUCUAAAUGUGUGUGGUGACAGGUAUGACGAGGUGAUUUCUUGGGUAAUACUUUGCACUGUUGUUUUAUUUUCAAUCAAUAAAACUUCCACUUUGGAUCAAACUUUGAACUGGA